AUCGAAAGCAAACAUACUACUUAACACCGGCCCAUGUCGCACAUUUGUUGAAUCACAUUGAGACCUUUACCUGUCAUCAUGGAUUCCUCUUGCUGUAACCUUACCUCCUCUUUCUCCCUUGCUCUCUCUAUUCUCUGCACUCUUCUACUCUUGGAUUCAUACAAUCUCAAUUUACUCUCCCCUUUUAUCCCUGCACAAUGGAAUUCGAUUUCUUCUUCUGUGCCACUGCAUCCAAAUCCCAGGAUGGACUACACCCACAAUCAUUUGCACGCAACAUAUCACAAUUCCACAGCCAAAAGCAUUGCCGACAAGAUUCAGGCGAAAGGAAAAAGGCAAGGGAGGAUGCGCGUGGAAAUGGAGCUGAAAGAGGCACGAGCAACUAUAAGGAAAGGAGUUAUAUGGAAAUGGAGAAGAGGUUCAAGAUGUUUGUGUAUAAAGAGGGAGAGCUGCCUCUGGUGCACAAUGGGCCGUGUAAAAACAUAUACACGACAGAAGGGAGGUUUAUUCACGAGAUUCAAUUGGGAAAUCGAUUCCUUACGUCAGACCCGGAGAAGGCUCACGUUUUUUUCCUUCCUUUCAGCGUGGUAAUGAUGGUGAGCUACGUAUACAAGCCUAAUACGUACGAUACGACGCCCCUGAAACGCUUUGUGAGCGAUUACAUUAGUCUAGUGAGCAACAAGUAUCCCUUUUGGAACCGCAGCCUUGGCGCAGAUCAUUUCUUCUUGUCCUGCCAUGAUUGGGCGCCAGAAACAUCCAAGGUAAAUCCAUAUCUUUUCAACAAAGCAAUUAGGGUUUUGUGCAACGCAAAUACCUCAGAAGGAUUCAAUCCCGCCAAAGAUGCAUCACUACCCGAGGUAAAUUUUAGAACGGGUGCAGCAAACGGAAUGAUGGGAGGUAAUUCUGCUCUACGAAGGCCUCUUCUUGCCUUUUUUGCAGGUGGAAAUCAUGGGCCAAUCAGACCUUUGCUGUUAAAGCACUGGAAAAAUGAUAAUGAUUCUUCUUCUUCUUCUGAUAUUCGAGUGUAUGAAUACCUUCCAAAGGAACUCGCCCCGUAUUAUAAUGAGAUGAUGAAAAAGAGCAAAUAUUGUUUGUGCCCCAGCGGAUACGAGGUAGCGAGCCCCCGAAUUGUAGAGGCGAUCUACAGUGAGUGUGUGCCGGUCAUAAUAUCAGAUGAUUACGUUCUUCCUUUCAGCGACGUCCUCAAUUGGAAUGCCUUUUCCCUCUUCCUUCCUUCCACUGAAAUUCCCAAUCUGAGGACAAUACUCGACUCCAUCCCUCUCACAAGAUAUGUGGAGAUGCAGCAAAGACUGAAGCAAGUCCGCACGCAUUUUGAACUAAAUCAGCCUCCCAAACCCUACGACAUGUUCCACAUGAUCCUCCAUUCCAUUUGGCUCAGGAGACUAAACGUUCACCUUACUCCACAUGACUGACUACUGACCCACAAAUUCUUUUGAAAUUUACAUGUAUGUGUAUAAUUACUCAGUAUCAUUCUUUCCUUGCUUCCUGUGUAAAGCAAACUAGUUGAGGCCUCAUCCAUGCUUCGGAGAGGUCCACCUCACAUUCAUUCCCCGACAAAUUGAAAGGAAAAGAAAGAAAUGUUCAUUCUUAGCGUACAAACAAAGAUACGAUAUAUUUAACCCCAUUUCUCCAGCCCAAUACGAACAUUCUAUAAGGGUUAAGUGUACACAAUUUUUUUAUUUAUUAUUUUAUAAAUUAUGGCAGGGGGCAUCUUGAUGUUA